CUUGUGGUGUUUUAAUAUAUCUCAAGUAGUUUGCUGACUCUGUUUUGUUGUAAUACAAAUUAGCUGAAAGAAGAAGAUUACUCAUAUCAUCGCCAAUAUCGCCAAUAUCGACAUCAGGAUCUUAACGUACGAGUUCGAAAAGUUUUCAAAUCAGAAAGUUUCGAAAUCGCGUGUGUGAUACGAUACGAGAAAGUUCUUCAGCUAAAUUCUAGACGCAAGCAAGUCAGUUCCAAAGGAGCAGCCAGUCAGUUCUCAAUUCCAAUAAGCAGUGAAAGUGUUUACUUUGAAAAAAACCUUUUCGAGUGCUUAUUGCAAAUCAAACAAAAUAAAAAAAAACAAAAACACAAAUAAACAAAUAGUAUUCACAAGUGUUUGGCAACACUUUGCAUAAAUUUUUGUUAAUACAACCAACUAAUUAAAAACACAAAGAAAAUCCAACAAAAUGAUGGCCGUUGCAGCUGCCCAAAAGAAUCGCGAAAUGUUCGCCAUUAAGAAAUCCUACAGUAUUGAGAAUGGUUACCCAUCCCGUCGUCGCAGCUUGGUGGAUGAUGCUCGCUUUGAGACUCUGGUGACCAAACAGACCAAACAAAGUGUCCUGGAGGAGGCACGCAACAAGGCAAAUGAUGCUUCCCUUGAGGAAUGCAUUCUACAGGCCAAGGGCGAGCACGUUCCCAACUGUGAGCAAAAUGUCGAAUUUAAGGAUGAACAAGCCAAUUUGGAGUUGCCAAUGGAAAAUGAAUAUGUUCAAGAAUCUGAACCAGAAUCACAAUCAGAGACAGAGCAAACGCAGGAAAUGCAGGGCGAGGGCGGUUAUGUGCCCAUGAAUGAUUAUGGCCUAACUGAGGAUGAGAUCCUAUUGGCCAAUGCUGCCUCUGAAUCCGCCGAGGCCGAGGCAGCUAUGCAGAGUGCCGCAUUGGUGGUCCGCCUUAAGGAGGGCAUCUCUUCGCUGGGACGCAUUCUUAAGGCCAUUGAGACCUUCCAUGGCUCCGUUCAGCAUGUUGAGUCGCGUCAAUCUCGCGUCGAGGGUGUUGAUCACGAUGUCCUCAUUAAACUGGACAUGACCCGUGGCAAUCUGUUGCAAUUGAUUCGCUCGCUGCGCCAAUCGGGCUCAUUCAGCAGCAUGAAUCUCCUUGCCGAGAACAACAUCAGUGUCAAGGCACCAUGGUUCCCCAAGCAUGCCUCUGAGCUGGAUAACUGCAACCAUUUGAUGACCAAAUACGAGCCCGAUUUGGACAUGAACCAUCCUGGAUUCGCCGACAAGGUCUAUCGCCAGCGUCGCAAGGAAAUCGCUGAAAUUGCUUUCGCCUACAAGUACGGUGAUCCAAUCCCAUACAUCAGCUACACCGAUGUUGAGGUCAAGACCUGGCGUUCAGUGUUCAAGACCGUCCAAGAUCUGGCACCCAAGCAUGCCUGCGCUGAGUAUCGUGCCGCAUUCCAGAAACUCCAGGACGAGCAAAUCUUUGUGGAUCAUCGUCUGCCCCAAUUGCAGGAAAUGUCUGACUUUUUGCGCAAAAACACUGGCUUCUCGCUGCGUCCAGCCGCCGGACUGCUAACAGCUCGCGACUUCCUGGCCUCGCUCGCAUUCCGCAUCUUCCAGAGCACACAGUAUGUGCGUCAUGUCAACUCGCCUUACCACACUCCCGAACCCGAUUCUAUUCAUGAACUGUUGGGACACAUGCCUUUGCUGGCCGACCCCAGUUUCGCCCAGUUCUCCCAGGAAAUUGGCCUGGCCUCGUUGGGUGCUUCCGAUGAAGAAAUUGAGAAAUUGUCUACGGUCUACUGGUUCACCGUUGAGUUCGGUCUCUGCAAGGAGCAUGGUCAGAUCAAGGCCUACGGUGCUGGUCUCUUGAGCUCAUAUGGCGAACUCUUGCAUGCCAUUAGCGACAAGUGUGAGCAUCGCGCUUUCGAGCCAGCCUCCACUGCCGUGCAACCCUAUCAGGAUCAGGAAUACCAACCAAUUUACUAUGUGGCCGAGAGCUUCGAGGAUGCCAAGGAUAAGUUCCGUCGCUGGGUCAGCACCAUGUCCCGUCCAUUUGAGGUCCGCUUCAAUCCCCAUACCGAGCGUGUUGAGGUUCUUGAUUCUGUCGACAAAUUGGAGACUUUGGUCCAUCAAAUGAAUACAGAGAUUUUGCAUCUUACCAAUGCUAUACAAAAGCUUCGACGCCCCUUCUAAAAUGAUGGAGCAAACCAACGACGAGAAGGUAUAUUGAAUCAGUGUGAGAAAGAGAGAAAGAGAGAGAGAGAGAGAAAGAGGGAUAAAGGUGCAACGGUCUCAUUUCGAUAGAAAUUUAUCAUAUUAAAUUGACAUACCGCCCACAUACAUUACAUAAAUAUCAUAAUCCCAAUCAAAAUCCGCACACAUUAAAUCCUCGAAAUAUCCCUAUUAUUGUAUUAUUACAUGUAUUAUUAUUUUUUAUAUAUAUAAUUUUUUUUUUUGUGUUAUUCAACCUUUUUCAAAUCUUCCCCCCACCCAUUCUCUUACCUACCCAUCCCCCCCUCCAUGAACUAUUAUUGGACCAAAUUUAGUUAGAAUUCUAAGUGAUGAUAAAGCAAACAAAGUCGAAGUAACAAAAUGUAAAGCAAAAGUUAAGUGCUGGCAAAAAUAAUGUGUAAAAAACCGCUUAUAUACUCUGCCACAAAUUGUUUUUUUUU